AAGGGAGGAUUAAAGAAAAUUCACUGCUAGUGAUCCUGAUUUACUGCAUCAACCUAUUUUAGCUUCUCCAAUCUGAUUAUCCACUGAACUUGUUUCGUCUACUCCCGACAAUGGAGGAAAAACUUCAGUCAUGAAGCCAAACUCUGUGAUCAGACGCUGAUGAGAGCUAUGAAAUAGACGUACGACCACAAAGAACUGGUGUUACUAAGAAUACUAUCAGAUUAAUAGCUACUUAAUCACUUAUUUAUGCAAAUCCAUCGUGAAUGAACCCCUGGUGGUAUGAAAAGAAUGAACAGGAACUAGCAUCUAAAAAAAAUCUAUCGACACGUGAUCACUACACAAAUGAGCUUCCGUCAUCUAGCUGCGUGUUCAUUUAGAGAAAAGCUAAAUUUAGAUAGAAACGCUGUUUGAAAGUUCUGAUUUACAAGUUUUACCGACAAGACUUUGAAAAUACUGCCUGACUUUGAAACCUGCACUGUUCUAAGUAUGUCAAAGUUAUUUCUUGCUUUCAUUUACACAACAAUGUGGUCGGAAGUCUUGCAUGCAAGUAAGUCAGCGGAAGACUUAAAGUUUUACGACCUCGUGAAGGAAGGACAAUUUACGAUGAAAUGCGAGGAAAUGUAUGGUGAACCAGUUAGAGCUAAUGAGACAGAAAGCACUGUAUUUUUCAACUCGUAUAACUGCGACGAAGACUGUGAAGAGUGCCUGCUGCCUCUAAGAUUUGAAAGUACUAAACCCAGGACAUACAAUGAAUGUAAAGCUGAGUGUAAAAAGAAUGGCCGUGGAGACGCAUGCAAACAAGGAUGCCACUUCCUUCACCACUUCGUGAAUUCAGGUGACGGACCGAGGGGAAUCUGGUAUGACACAAGGAACGUCAUUGUCAAAGGACCUCACCUUUUCUGUCGCACUUAUACGGAGUUGUUGGUCAACUUUGAUUUUCGCCUCUUCUCGGAAAAUGCUACAGAAGUUGAGCCCGCCACCUUCGUUAGCUUUUACAGGCUUCGUGAAAAAGACUCAUGGACUAUGUUUUCAUCUGUAUCCUCAGAGAUUCCAAUCUAUUUCCAAAACCUGUUUAAAGGCUUUGCUGUGCAGAUUUCUGUCGCCAUCGUGACAGCCAGGGGACUGCAGGUUCAAGUUCAAUCAAAAGAGUUCCGCCAUGUUGGAGAUUGGAUGACGACGUUAAGCGAUAAAGUUCAUUUGGACCCUCCCAAGGGCCUCCAGGCCUAUGUAAGAAAAGCUGGUGACAGAUUUGAAGGACAUCUUACCUGGCAUUUGGCACCACGUAGCAAAACCUGUGACUACAGGAUCCAGUGGAGAGCCAAUCACGCAGAUCAUUGGGAAAGUGAAGCAUUUGAAGUCAGUCAUAGCAAGCACUACACAGACACUCGGAUCAACUACAUCCUAGAAGGUUUGCUGCCGAUGAAAAAUUACACCAUAGAGGUUAUAUCCGUAACCUCUGAUGAAAAACAGAACAGAAGCACUGUAUGUAUUGUCACGCCUUCCCUGGAGCUCGGACCACCAGAGAACCUGACACUGGUCAAUGUCACCCAUCUGUCACGCAAUACGUCAACAGCUAUAUUCACGUGGUGGCCGCCACAUACAAUACCGAUUACAGAUCACAUACAGGAAUACAGAUUAGCAUGGAAGAAGAUUCCUGUUUUGGGCAGAGUUUUUGCUCAACUUCAUUUUGAUUCCGUGAGGUUACCAGCGGAAAAAACAAGUUUUCAGGUCUUUGGUCUUCAUAACGGAUUCACCUACAUUUUCAAGAUUGCUGCAGUGUCUUCAGUAACGGGAAUGGGAAUGGAGGCUAUGAUUUUAUUUAACACGACAGAACCAACGAUAAAAGUUUCAAGAUAUAAAGAUCAAUAUUCACCUGUUUCAAAGAGCAAAGCGUUGCCGUGGAGGUUCAUAACAGGAUACCUUGUGGCGAUCGUUUGUGCAAGUCUUGUUGGCCUGACUUACGCUUUUGUGAGAAAGAAGUAUGGGAGUUUAUCGUUAGCUGUGGAACAAAUUCGUGAGCGGUGCCAUAGUGAAAGAGACGUAGAGGUCAAUCUUAUCUAAUGAAACUAAAACACAAUGAGUGCAAUAUAUGUAAAGGCAACGUAAAUUAGCUCUGCCUGUUUUACUUUCGCAACUCAUUCAGUUGUGUUGCAAAAAAGUUUUCUUUUAUCAUGCAUAGAGAACGAAGCUAUUGAAUGAUUUGAAUUUGUCCAGACUAUUUUGUGUAGCACGUUUUUUACGUCAGAGUAAACUCGGGAACAAAGUACAACUUCAGUUCGAUUCAGUACUGACCAACAAGAUGAAAAUAUUUGCGCUUUAACUGCGAUGACACGUGUUGCAGAAACUGUAUCAAUGAAAUUAAUAGGGAGCUUUAGCAACGACGACGCAGAAGGCAACGAGAACUGCAGAAAAGAAUAG